UGUCGAGAAGUGAUAAUAAUUCAUAUAAAAUGCAUAGCAGACGCCACUUCAGCAUAGUUUGGUAAUAACCAACAAAAACAGCAGACAUGAAGUUCCUAUUAAUCGCUGCUGCCUUAGUCGCCGUUGCUGUGGCAGGCCCCACUCGGUUCCUGCCGAUCCAUGUUGGCCCCGCCAUUGUAGAAGACCAGUUUGAGCCUAUCCACAUUGGCCCCGCUGUCAUCCCCGACGGGCAAUACCAACCUAUCCAUGUUGGACCUGCUAUAAUUGAAGAGCCUAGCAUCGUGCCUUCCCCUAUUAUCAUCGAUGAUGGACACAUCGUGCCUUCUCCUGUGAUCGUCGAUGAUGGACCCAUCGUGCCUUCCCCUAUCAUCAUUGAUGAUGGACCCAUCGUGCCCUCCCCCGUCAUCGUCGACGAUGGUGAGUUCCACCCAAUCCACGUUGAGCCAGUUAUCAUUGAAACCCCUGCUGAGAGCCAAGCCAGUGCUCCUCUGGUGCAGAUUAUCUUGAACAUCAACACCGCCCAGAUUGCCCCUGGUCAGGCUAUCAGCAUCGAAGGAGCUGAGCCAAUUGUUCCUGGACCCAUCACCAUUGUCGGCCAGCCUGAAGUAGUCCCUGCACCCAUCACCAUCGUCGACCAGCCUGCAGUGGUCCCUGAACCUAUCAACAUUGUCGACCAGCCCAGCCCUGUCAUCAUAGUGGACGCUUAAGAUCUGUAUAGGUCAGGUAAUAAAUAAAAUUAUACUUACCUCUAGCAUCA